AUGGAGCGAACGGGCGAGCUGUUGGAUUCCGACAGCGCGUCAAGUCAUAUGAGCGUGGCGAGCGUUAAUUCUAAACGCGUACGAAAACGCACUAGGGAUUGUGCAGACUCAGGGUCGGAAUCGGUUUUAAGUGACUCAGUCAUGCCGCCCCCCAAAGUCGGUGCCAAAAAAGGAGGAAGAGGUAGGCCUGCCACUACCGGCAAAUACGUCGGUAUCGGCCUAUCCAGGCGUGAGGCUGCGGCUGCAAUGAAGGCCGCAGCAGCCGCCGAGAAAUUAGAGGAGGAUGAGCGACAGAUUGCGGCUCUGACGAAAAGAGUGGUUGAAGGGAGAGUCACUCGUCUAUCGCAGUCGUCGUCCGCCGUCUCAAAUAUAGAUGUAGAGGCAGAAGAUUUACCGGCCUCCGAUCUUAAUCAAAGAUUGUCCGACGCGGUUGCAGCUAUAAAAAGAGUGAGCAGGGUCUCCAAGGGCCUUAGCGGUUGCAGCCAGAAAGCACUAAAAGAGGCCACGGCCUCAAUUCUGGAAAGUGCUCAGGUGCUAUUAACUCGCACCACAACAGAAGAGAUUGCGCUGCUGCGGGCCCAGAAUGCAAAGCUCGUAACGCAAAUGGCGGAGCUCCGGAAGGAGCACGAUGAGCUCAAGGAAGAGAUGAAAAACUUUCGCCGCGAGCAGCUUAGGAAGGAAGUGGGCCUUCCGUCCGCAGUACCGCUACCGCAGUCGCAGUCACAGCCGUUGAAGCAGCAGUCAUCUCAGGAGACGGAGUUACUUCGCCUGAUCCGUCAGGAGAUGGCAAGUUUUAACGCGCGCUUCUCAGUGCUUGAGGGGAGAAUUCUACGUCCCCCCAUAGCUGCAGACCAACACAGUAGACCAGCGACGAUAAAUGUCGAGGAAACCGUAGCAGCCCAAAAAUCAACGGUUCCAACUGCUACUUCGCAAAAGGAAACUGCGGGGCCUAAAUCCAAAAAGCAGUUAAAAAAAGCGGCUAAACUGGCCAAAAAGGCAGAUGACACUCCUAUUUCGCGGGCACAAACUGCUGAAUCAGGAGCGUGUGAACCCGCCACUAGAGCUGAGGCGGAGUGGACAGUUGUGGGCGCCGCCCAAAAAAGUAAAGCGGCUCGCCAGCGGGCCAAAAAGCAAGCCCAGAAGAAACAAGAGGCCGCCAAGUCCCAGACGUCGGCUCAUCCGCCGACUAAAACCACAGAUAAGACAAAGAAGGCAACCAGCUCCUCGCAGCCGGUUCACCAGCCGGUUGUGACAAUACACCCGGAGAGGACCAGGGAGGACACAACGACCAUGGACACACAAUAA